AUGCCUUUCCUUAGUCCAGACUGGAGAUGUCCAGGAGAUCAAUGGCUAAAGACCAACGAAAGUGGCAGCAUGUGGGAGAAUGCCAAAAUUUAUCGACUCAGGAUGUUUGAAACUAUCAAUGAAAACGUCAUAAAAAGAUUGUGUCGGCAAACACUUGACGAUGAAAUGAAAUCAACACCUUAUGUCAUAGAUUACCUCAAAGCCGUUUUUUACCAACCAUAUAUACACCUUCAAGUAGGGGCUACUCGCGAGAUUUCGACGACAACAACAAUUAGUGAAGCUCUACUAAAGCUCGAUACUAAAGCUGCUCUAAGAGACAUAAGAAGAUUUGAUUAUAUAUGCAAAAUAAUGGAACUUCUUAUUUCUGAACACUUCCACAGGUUAGCUGGAAGGUUACAGCUCUUUCUUAUAGAACUUCUGAAAGAGGUGCUGAAACAAGUUCAGACUAGUUGCAACCAGACUGAGCGAUUUCGAAAACUGUUGGAUGCACUGAAAGAAAACCUAGAUAAAAAUGAAUAUGAUCAUAUUGGGAGUGCUUUACUUUGGCAAAAUCAUAAAAAGGCCCUGGAUGAAAUGUAUAAUCACAUAGACGAGUUUGAUAUUGAAAAAAAACUCCAGUCGUUUACAACCUGCCCGCAAUACAAACUCAGAUCUUUGAGUGCACGUAGAAACUCUUCAGAAGAAAGAAUGAAGCUCGAAAGGCUUCCAUCUGAAUGUUUGACUCAUGUCAUGACUUAUAUAAACUCUCCUCAGGAUCUUGAAACGGCGUCUUUGGCUUCAAAUGCACUAGCUAGUGUAGUUGAAGAUAAAUACUUUUGGAGGACUUUGACACUAACGUAUUUCGAUAUAAGUCAGAUACCAACCGUUAAUUAUGGUCUUCCUGGCUGGCAUACUCGAUCUGCAGCGUCAAUUGAUGACUGUGAUUGGAAACGAGCUUAUGUCAGACUCCUUAAAAUAUACGGAGACAACCAUAUUUAUCCAGCCAAGCUAGCUGUUUGUGAGGUUUGCUUCUGCUUGUUUUGGCCGAUAUUUGGACAUCCUUGCCAUUAUCCUGAUAAAGAACAACGAAUUCGUCUUCUUACCCCAAAUGAAUUUAUUGCGCUCUUCCAAAUCUGA